AGGAGCCUGUUUAAAGUCCAUCAACAGAGAAGAAUGUAUAGUCCUCACAAGAAACAGUUUAUACUCUCUACUACUAUACUAACUACUAUCUGGGAUUGUAGGAGAGUAGGAUUGAGUUUCUCUGAUUUCUUCUUACUGUUAAAGUAAAAACUGCCAUAAUAGAAGUUGUUACAGAAUAUAAACUGUAUAACACCAGUAAUUGCCCAUGUUUCUUAUGCUCUGUACUACUGUCUGUUAUGCCAGUUUUAACCUUAACAGUCAGAAUGAAUGUAAGAAUCUUAAUCCUACUCCAUCCUUUCAUGACGGAAUCCAGCAUUUCAUGUUGGUAUGGAGGUCUCAGUGACAAAUACAUUUUGCUUUCAAACUGAUGGAAAAGUGAGAACUAUGAUUCUAGAUGUACAGUGUUAACAGAAUGUCUUGGGAUACUUGCUUAAUUCUGUAAAAAUGUUGCAGAUUUAUUAGUUUCACGACAAGUCAAUUGAAAGCAAUGUUUAACAUAUCUGCACAUACCUUCCACAUAGAAAUUCUCUAUUUAUUGUCAUUUUUUUUACUCAGUUCUGUUCAUUCCAAUAAUUGCAAUUGUAGUCAUUGGCUUCCAAUUGAAUACUAAACACAAAUGUUUGGUGUUUUGUUAUUGCAAAAGUGUUACCAUUUAAAAAGCACCCAAUGAGACUAGUUGUCAAUAAACUUCUUACACCUUGUAAUGAAUUCUUACAAUACUGUGAAGACACUGUUGAUGAAACUGUAAUGAGAGACAAUGUGUUUUCUGCUGUUAUUAACUUUUAGAACUAUAGUUUGGGUUGCAAUUUCUAACUAUUUGAAAUGAGUGUUUUACUUAAAGGAAAAGACAAAUGGAAAUUCAAUUGAUAUGCUGCAUAGUGAUAUGCUACUGUGUAUUUUGCAUGGAAAUUACUGGAAGUACAAAUGGCAAGGAGCUUUGAGGCGCUCACAGAUUCGCCAGACGUUUUCAAUAAAUGCACUGCAGAGCUUCUGAACAGUUCUAAUAGACCGUGUCUCACCCUGGGGGAUCGCCGGCUGGAAUCCUGCGGAGUUUCACUGCGUGGUGCGUGCGGCAAUGUGCUGCUUCAGCAGCAACCUGACCUGACCUGGCUAGCUUCUGCUACAGGAUUAAUAAGCUGCAGGCUGACUAAGGUUAUUCAACCAGCUAUGUUUCUAAUCCUGUUAAUGUCAGGAAUCUACCCACUAGCUUUCAGUCUCUCUUAUCACUUUCACUUUGUUGACACUGGAAUAACUUGGCCUGAAGCUCAGUCUUACUGUAGAAAGACCUAUGAUGAUCUGGCUACCAUUGAGAAUCAAGACGAUAUGCAACGGCUGGUUAACAGUAUAGGCCUUGCUUACACUGGAGCAGCCUGGAUAGGACUUCAGAAGCCAGGUGGAUGGGUGUGGCACUGGUCGCUGGAAGAGCAAAGCUUCUUCAGUAAUGUUGAGUUCUAUAUCUGGGCUGCGGGUGAACCAAACAAUUUCGCUGGACAGGAGAACUGUGUUGUCAUGACAUCCUUAGGAUACUGGAAUGAUUGGACCUGCAAUUCCCUCUCCUACUCUGUUUGCUAUGACGGCAACGAUUCCACCAAUCAGAGAUACAUCUGGAUUACGGAACUAAUGACAUGGACUGAUGCUCAGAGUUACUGCAGAAAGUAUUAUACAGACCUUGUCAGUAUUAACAAUCAGUAUGAGAACCAGCUGAUACACACAGUGGCACAGGGGACACCGGUGUGGAUUGGAUUGUUUAGGGACUUCUGGCAGUGGUCAGACCAGGCAAACUCCACAUUCUACAGCUGGAAAUUAGCAGAAGUGGGGAUGAUGACAGAUAAUUCAAAGUGCUGUACUUCUGUCGACUCUUCUGGAAAAUGGAACAGUCAAUACUGUCUUGACAGUUACCCGUUUGUCUGUUAUAGAGCCAUCACCGGACUAAAAACGGUGGUCAGUGUGAAAAUCAGAACCGACGGCGAUGUAACAGACUACAGUGACCUUGUUUUAAUGCAGCUACGCAAGGAACUGAGUGGUAGAGGGGCAUCAGAAAACUUCACGCUACACUGGCAGACUCAGGCUGAUGGACAGAUCUUCCACUUAGUGGAGGAACAAGGGCUCCUGGAGGAAGAAUGCCCUGGAGGUCAAUAGGUCCAUUGUUAUAUCGCAAUUCAGCAAGGAUUUGAUCUAGUGUGUUGAAGUGGAAGUAGGACAUAACAAAACCCCAAAUGUGGUAGAUUUCAUUUCUGUUGUUUUUGAUUGACACUGGAUUUAGAAUAGCCAUUAGCAAAAACCAAAUCUAACUGUAUACAUUUCCGUUAAGUUUUCUUUUUUUGAAUGAAACAGACUGUCAUGUCCGAAACGUCCGAUCCUCAUGUGUGCCACGCCCCCUGAUUAUCCACGUGUGCUUCCCCAGUCAUGCCCAGCUGUAUCUUGUUGUUUCACCCUGUCUGGUCUAUAUCAGUCCUUGUUCGAUGUCCAUCAUUGAAGUUACUAACGUUGCGGUGUCCUGUCCUGCCCGGAGCCGUCUUCCCCUUAAUAAAUCCCCAGUUUUCCCCGUAUUUCACCUGUCUGCCUCAUCCUUCCCUGCCUCCUGCCCGCCCGCCCGCCUGCCCGUCUUCACCCGCGAAACCUGACACAGACUGCCAUUUUUUUGGCUGCUACUUGCAGCCUGGGUAUUUGACUGU